GCUUUUAGAUUCAAGAUUCUGGAUUAUGUGUGGUUGUUUGUGUUCUACUACAUAUAUUUCAGUCUAUAGCUACCGAAUGGGAUGUCAAUACAUGAACUCCCGCUGGCGCCACAGCGACAUGAACCCUUGUUCAACCUAACGUCAUAAUUUAUAUACCUAGCAAUGUUCAACCCUAGCAUAAAACAAACAGCUGAACUCAAACCUCUACAAUAUAUAUGGUUUCAUUUCUACAGCUGAAUAUAUUCUCAAUUCAAUCUUCCAUUUGUCUUCAUUAAAUUUGCCAUCAUGCAAAUCAUCGAUAUUCUUUCUCUCGCAUUCCUCCUGUCUAACGUCAACGCUUUAUAUCUCUCAGCUGAACAACAUCCGAUCACACCACCAUCUUCCCCCUUACUCCCACCAUCCCGAAAACAAUCGAUUCCUCAACCUCUUAUCGGUUUCGGAACAUGGAAUCUAAAUCUUUCUCCUGAGAAUACAACUGGAGCCGUCGCGUACGCAAUUGAAAUUGGGUAUCGACAAAUUGAUUGCGCGGCUGCGUAUGGGAAUGAAGUGGCGGUAGGACAAGGAAUUAAAGAGGGGUUGAAGAGAGCUGGGUUGAAGAGAGAGGAUCUUUGGGUGACGAGUAAACUUUGGAAUGAUCAUCAUGGAAGUUAUGAAAAUGUGGAAAAGGGGUUAAACCAAACUCUUCAAGAUCUAGAUCUCGAGUAUCUGGAUCUAUAUCUCAUACACUGGCCUAUUGGUUUCUUAUCUAAUGGAACCAAGAAUCCCGAUCACGUCCAGACCUACAAAUCUAUGAUUUCCCUUCCCAAAUCUCGUGUUCUCAAUAUCGGGGUAUCUAAUUUCUCUCCGCUCCAACUCAAAAAUGUCGUUUCGACUGGUACGAUGCCGCAUACCCAUCAAAUGGAACUCCACCCCUAUCUGCAACAAUCAGCGUGGGUAGCGACGCAUAAAGCUCUUGGUAUUAAAGUGACGGCUUAUUCUCCAUUGGGAAAUACUAAUCCGACUUAUCAAUCAUCUCCUUCACCAGCACUAUCAUCAUCUUCUUCUUCAUGGACAUCAUGGAUAUCCCUCUUCCGCCCCUCCUCAAAACCAAAAGCCCCACCUCUCCUCCAAAACCCCAUUCUUCUCGACAUAGCCGAACAGAGAAAUUGUACUCCAGCGCAAGUAGCAUUGAAAUGGAAUAUGGGGAGGGGUAUUAGCGUGAUUCCGAAAAGUAGUCAUGAGGAAUGGAUCAAGGAGAAUCUGCACGCGGAGGAGUGUGAAUUGACGCAUGCGGAUUUGACAAAAUUAAGGUUUGUGGGGAGGAAAUGGUUGAGUAGAUUUAAUAAUCCCGGGGAGGAAUGGGGAGUUACGCUUUUUGAGGGGCUGGAUGGGGUCUAGGGAUUGGGAGUUGUGGAGGAGAGGGUGGAAGGGAGGGGAGUACAUUAUUUGGGACUUGAUUCGAAAAGUACUGGAAUUUGACUUGUGCUUAUUUAUGUAUUACGAAUGGAUUUGAAUAAAG